UUUAGUAAUUAGGUGGCGAGCGAAGCGGAGCGGAGUGAGCCACCGAGCCCGAAGCGUGACGAGCGUACUUUUCGGGUAUCCUGUUCGGCCGUAGCUCCUCCCCCUGGUGACGUGUCUCCUCCCCUAGGUAGUAGCAAGGUCCCUUCUCCCACUCCGAUAUAGAACCAACCAUGGACACAGUGUCUGUCCUCAUUCUGGAGCCAUUUUGUCAGCGGUAGGCAUACACAUAAGAGACAGCACUGGUCUUUGCAACUAUGGCUGCCUGCCUGAUCAUCCUCGCACAGUGACGGAGACAUUUUAAUACAAAUGCUGAUUGUUUACUGCGAACACAGAGUCACUGUAAGUGUCACACAGUGCGAGCAGCAGUAGUUUGUUAUGUUGUCACUAGCGGUGUAAGUGGGAGAGUAGGUGACGAUAAUAGGGUAGAGCAAUGGGCGUGACGUUGUCCUCCCACUCGUCGUGACUGCUGCUGCUUCCCGAUUCAGACAGAAACUGCUGCCUGGGAGAGAGAGAGACUGCCGGUGUCGCCGACUGUGUCCGCUCCGACUCCCUACGCCCCCUGCUCCGAGGCUGCUGCGGUACUUUCUUAAAAGAGGAAGAUGUCUGGGACGGAGCUGCAGAUGACCAUUCUGGAUCCGGCCAUCCCAUAUGUUGGCACCAUUUUUGGAAGCCUGGAACCAGGAACCAUGGUAGUGAUCCAUGGGUCUGUUGCUAAAGAUGCAGACAGGUUCCAGAUAGACUUUCAGUGCGGGAGCAGUGUGAAACCUCGCUCUGAUGUGGCCUUUCAUUUUAACCCAAGAUGGAAACGUUCAGGACUGAUAGUGUGUAACACCUUACAGAAUGAAAACUGGGGCAGGGAAGAAAUAACAUACCAAAUGCCUUUCACAAAGGGAAAGCCAUUCGAAGUCAUAUUUCUUAUUUUUCAACAUAAAUUCCAGGUUUCUUCAAACGGCAAACACUUGCUGUCUUACAGACACAGAAUCAACCUAGAAAGAAUCGAUACUCUUGGUAUAUAUGGGAAGGUGACGAUUAACACAAUUGGAAUAGCAAACCACACAACCCAGUUGGGCUCACAACCAACAUCUCUGGCACUCAGUACUCUCAAUGGCAGUCAGGGAGCAUCACAGGAGAGCUUGACCUUUGAAGUUCCUUACACAGGAAGCCUCCCCAAUGCACUGAGCCCUGGGAGAACAUUGGCUGUAAAGGGUGAAAUUAACAAAAAUGCUAAAAGCUUUGCCAUUGACCUAAAGCCUAGUGGCUCCAAGAACAUAGCUUUGCACCUAAACCCCCGUAUUAAGGAAAAGGUGUUUGUCAGGAACACGUACUUGUAUGAAAGCUGGGGAGAAGAGGAACGGAAGCUGCACGACUUUCCCUUCUUUCCAGACAUGUAUUUUGAGCUGCUCAUAUACUGUGAAGCUCAUCGGUUUAAGGUUGCGGUAAACGGACAGCACCUGCUGGAAUAUAAGCACCGAUUCAAAGACCUGGCCAACAUUAGUGAGAUUUCCGUUCAUGGAGACAUCCAACUGUAUGAUGUCAGGGUCUGGUAGAGAACAACAUGGCAGCCAGCAACUGAUGCUUUUUAAUAAUGAUUUAGAUGUUUUACACUUCAAAUAGCUGCUUAUAUCCUCAAUGGACAAUGCACGGGUUCUAGAUUUCCUGGUGAAUCCAGAUCAUUUUAUGUUAAACAAAUAUUUUUUUUGACUACUAUUCUGUGAGAAAUGCUGAGUGUAUUUAUCUUCUGUCUAAAAUUGUAUAUAGAAUAAGAAACGAGUGACUGUUCUCCUGCCCUAAACAGUACAAUAUAGACUACUGUCCAUAACCGUUUCUGUUUAGGUCUAUAACAGGAGGAUUAUUUCCAUAAAUGGGGCACAAUUUAUGGUCCAUAAACAAUUUAAUUUGUUUUGCAUUCCAAUAUCAUUGUGCCUUUCCGUUUGAUAUUUUUGUUAUACUGUACACAUUAAUUCCGUUUUUCUUUUUUUUUAUACGUAACAAAAUAAUAACUUCAUUCCACCAUGGCUUCAGCAUUCCACAGACAGAGUGAUAGAAACUAAAGUCAUAAUGCUCGGUUGAGGCACAUCUGUUAGAUUGUAUCUCAGCAUGAGAUAAUACCAGUGAUUGGAACAAGGUAAUAUAAUGAACAUGAAAUAAACAACUAACAUGGUUGAGUGUAAAUACAACCAUAUAAAACACUUCUUGAUUAUAUGCAAGGUGGCAGCUGUCUAUUCAUGCACUUAUUUUUUAUUAGGUGUUAGAAGAGGGGCUCCCAGUGCUGUACUAUAAGCACAAAACGUGGUGCAUUGUAGCCAUAGAAUCACAUGGUUACGUACCAAGUAUCAGAUUUAAUAGAAGGCUUAUCUGUGUAUCUCUUGAAAUCUUCAAAGUUCCUCUAGUGAAGUAAAUGGUUUUUGGAGUAAGUGAAACGUAAACUGAGAGAACCUAUAUACGGUGUAAUGAUAUAUAGCUGCAUUAUUUAUCACUUGCCUGGCAUGGUCGCAUGGUUAAAGAAGAAUAAACUUGCACAUAAUCAAUUUUUAAACGUUAUCUGGAUGGUAGAGAGGCCAAAUUAAUUGUCUUACCUUAAACUGAACAAUGUCCUUAAUAAAUCCCUUCUACUUCUGGAACCAGCAGAAUCUAGGAUUGUAGAAUGAUACAUGGGGGGGAGAUUCAAAUCUUGAAGCUCCCCUCCCGCCCCUAUCGCGCCUGCCGGCAGUAUUCAAAUGUUACUGCCGAUGGGUGCGAUAUCAGCAUUUCAGCUCGCUACCCCCAGGGGUGGUGACCUGAAAUGCGUGAAAAGUGACCCGUUUGGACGCGUCAAACGGGACUUUUCACGAUCGGAAGUGGUGAGGCAGGGAAUUUUAACAUGCUGGAUUUUGCUGAUCCCCUUUUAAAUCGCAGAUAAUCAGAGUGUGACGAUCUGCGAAUUAGAUCGGCAUCAGAGAAUCGCCCCUUAGUUGUAUGGCCCACAUCAGUGCUAUAACUAUAAUGGGCGCUAGCUGGGGACCUUUGGGACAGGUGUUCUAUUUAGAUGGUAAUUGUAUGACCUUUUCCAUUAUAACAU